AUGUUCGGCUUGUUCGGCGCAAGGCCGGCGGCGGGCGAGGACGAGGCGGCCGCCGAGGCAGAGCCGCUCGGGUCCGGCGCCGAGCGUCCGCCUGGGCGCCCCCCCGAGGCGGAGCCGGGAGGCGAGCAGCUUGCGGCGCAACGCUUGCCGCUUAGCGAGCCGCGCAGCUUCACCUUUGAAGAGGCCGGGCCCCUUGGCAUCACGACGGAGUGGCAUAUCGACGGAGUAGCCAUCAAGGCUGUUAAGGGCGCGGCGCUCGAGCAGGGCGUGCCUCGGAUGUCCGUUAUCCUUGCGCUCAACGGCAGCGAUGCGAGUGGGCUCGCUCGUGCCGAACUGCUAGCGAUGCUCAAAGUGCGGCCACUAACGCUAACAGUGCGGCCGCCGGCGGACCUGCGAGGCGAGCAGCUGGAGGGGCGAGACCUGCAGGGCGUGACGCUGCCGGAGGCGAGGCUGGCGGGCGCGAACCUCAAGGGAUCUGACCUGCGCGGCGCGGAUCUCGAAAAGGCGGUGCUGCAGGAGGGGUAUGUCCUCGCCCCGCCGGACGUGGAGGGCCUCGGGGGAGCGGCGCUCGGCAAGGCGUGGGAGGCGUGGGGGGGGCGUGGGUGGCGGAGGAGUUAUCAGGAAUACUUCAAGCCGGCCGAGGAGGGGGCGGAGGAGCGGCGGGCGGCCGUCCUCUCUGGCGCCAAGCUGGCCGGCACCAACCUGCGGGAUGCCGACCUGCGUAAGGUGAAGCUCGACAACGUGGAGGGGUCCGAGGGCGUCGUGCUGCUGGCGGUGGAGGGGAAGAAGGGGAAGGAGCUGGGCGAGGCGUGGAUGGCGUGGGGCAAGGCGCUGCGGAACGAGCCGGGCGAGUCGGUGCGCGUCGCAAAUCUCUACAAGGCGCAGCUGGAGGGGGCAUCUCUCACCAGGGCGCAGCUGCAGGGGGCAGAUCUCCGCUACGCGCAGCUGCAGGGGGCAGAUCUCUACAAGGCGCAGCUGCAGGGGGCAUGUCUCAUCGAGGCGCAGCUGCAGGGGGCAGAUCUCGGCGGGGUGCAGCUGCAGGGGGCAGAACUCAGCGCGGCGCAGCUGCAGGGGGCAGAUCUCAGCGAGGCGCAGCUGGAGGGGGCAGAUCUCCAAAUGGCGCAGCUGCAGGGGGCAUCUCUCGGCCGGGCGCAGCUGCAGGGGGCAGAUCUCCGCUGGGCGCAGCUGCAGGGGGCAGAUCUCUACCAGGCGCAGCUGCAGGUGGCAUCUCUCGCUGAGGCGCAGCUGGAGGGGGCACAUCUCUACGAGGCGCAGCUGGAGGGGGCAGAUCUCCGCUCGGCGCAGCUGGAGGGGGCGAACCUCGAGGGCGCCGACCUGCGCGGCGCCGACCUCACCGGCGCCAACCUCGCUGGCGCCAACCUGAAGAAUGCCGACUUGCGCGGCGCAGUCCUCAUCGGCGUCAACCUCGAGAAGGCCGACCUCGAGGGCGCCAAACUGCAGGGCGCGAAGUUCGAGCGCGCCGUCCUCGCUGGCGUCAAGCUCAUCGGCGCCAAGUUCUCACCCUUCAAGCCGCCCGAGGCGCGCCCUCCGACGCUUGCGCGGGCGUGGCGGCUGCGGGCGGUCGGCGGGCAGGCCGCGAAAGGGCUCUACGCGGCGCUCGCCGGAGGCGAUAGCGACGGCGGCAGCGACGACGAGGGGGCGGAGGAGGAGGAGGAGGAGGAGGGGACGGCCACGAACAUCGUCGCCAACGCGCUUGAGGCGGGCGUGACGGCUCUCGUGAAGGCAGCGGCGCCGGCGCUCGAGCUCGUGGAGGAGAUCAUCGGCAAGCUCCGCGCUGCGCUCAACGGCUGCAUCGCCGUGCUCAAGGCCGCGGGGGACUGCGACAAGCCGGCAGAGUUUCUCUGCGACGCCACCCGCAAGCUCGUGCGCUUGCUCGUGUCGGAGCUGCUGCAGCCGCUGCUCGCUGUCUGCAGCGAUCCUCCCGACUCUUGGGCCUCGCUGCGAGAGGGCGUGCUGCUGAAGCUCGAGCCGCAGCCCAAAGAGCUGCUUGGCAAGCUCGCGGCGUCGAUCGCGCCGUCGGUUGAGCCAGAGUCGACUGCCGAGGCCGAGCCGCCGCCGGCGGCGGCGGCGGCAGCGGCGGCGGAGGGGGGCGAGGCCGCGGGUGAGCUCCUCCGAGAGCUCUUGCGCCUGAUCGCCGAGGAGGCGACCGCCAUGCUGCCGGCACUCGAGGAGUCCGUCGAGGCGGUCGUGUCGAAGACCCUUCAGAUGCUGUCAUUGCACGUCGAAGACGUCGAGCUCGGACUCGUACGCGAUUUCACAGCCGUCGCCGACCGCCUCGAGAAGCAUCUCGAGACGGUGCUAAUCGAGGAGGGGAUCGGCAAGCUCGUGUCCAAAGAGCAAGCGCUGACGAUGAACGGAAGUCUAUCAAUAGGCGCUGUCCUCGAGAAGCUGAGCGACGUCGCCUCCGAGCAGCUGAAGCUGGCGGAGCAGAUGGAGAAGACGAUCGCGGCGAAGGUCGCUAGUGUUGGCGACGCCGCGAACCAGAAGCUGCUCAAGUUCGUCGGCGGCAAGGGCAGCAUCAAGAGCCGCGUCGUCAAGUCCGUCCUCAGCGCCGCGACAAAGUACGAGCUCAACGUCGACGACAGCGAGCUGACGUACCUGCUCGACACGCUCGUGAAGCUCGAGGCGCUGGAGGUGAAGAGCGACACGUGGAAGGACGCGGCGUCCACCUGGAUGUCCGUCCUCGAGCUGCGGCGCAAGAUCGGCGUCGAGCGCGGCAUCGCCGUCAUCGACUGCAUCGCGGGCGACCAGAAGGCGCGGCUCAGCAAGGCAGCCGGCGGCCACAUCCGCGCCAACGGCUACAGCUACCGCAAGAAGAUCAACCUCGAGCUCGCGCGCAUCCGCCGCGUGCGCGACCUGCAGAUGCGCGGCGUGGCGCUCGUCGGGACGGCGAUUGCGGCUGCGCUCAUCUCGACCUUCAACUACCUCUACUCCGUCGCCGACGGCGUGGAGCCGUGGUGGCUGCCGCCGGCCGUCGUGCUCGGCGUCCUCUGCGUCCUCCUUCCCGCCGCGGCGGCCGAAAACAUCAACAAGCAGGCGCGCACUGUGCGCACCAACUGGAUCAAGAACAAGCAAGCGGCAAACGGCCUCUUCUCCUCGGCCCCAGUGUGGAGGGAGGAGAUCCGCUCUCGGUCGGCAACGUGGCAGCUAGUCGAGGGACUCGGUAGUUGUGACCCCCCUGAGAGCUGA